GUAAACAAAGGGUUUCUCCCAGUAUGGCCUUUCCAAAUCAAUCGGAUGCUCACCAUCAGCAUAUCAGCAAUCUUGUUGCAAGCGCCCGUUACCGGGCCAAGUCGUUGUCAGGCCUCGAGGGUUUUUAUCCCUUAGCGCCCUAAUGAUGAUGCUCUGCAAGUUUCAAGAAUACUCAACCUACGAUUGAAGCGAAGGUCGACGGUUUCGCGCGCGCCUGGAAAGCUAUAUGGCAGCCCCAGUUUCAAGCCGCCAUCGUCAUUGUCUACCGGAAAAUGUGUUCCUGGCACAAUGUCAUCCGAUCCCUUGUCGAGGGGCCAGGUAAGUCGACUUCAGACUCGGGAUCCCUAGAACCCCCUUGAAGCGUAUAUCUGUUUCCGGGGACCCUCAGAAAUUCAGUUUGUGGUCUCUGUUUGUCCCUACGUCCCUCCAUCUUCGCGUGCAGAGAUACCAUCGUUCGCAGACCAUAUUCCGGAAACGGUCGAGACCGCAUCGAGAUGAACCAACAACAAUGACAAAGACCGGCCCCUCGAGAUGCGUUACCGACCAUGGACAGCUCCCAGUCCGGCGGCCGUCGUCGAUCAUGGCGACCUACUUCGUGCUCGAGCAGACUCGACGACCACCUGUCUCCCUUCGUCUCUUCUCUCCCUCGUCCCGAACUGCGCAGUCGCCUGCAUUCAAAGUUUCGCAGCUACCAACUACCCAGGAAGUACCUGUGCAGACCUCGCAAACCUCAACAAUCUGUGCAUUCAAGAUAACACUUCAGGCCUUACAAUUGGAGAAGGUGGCCUACAGUGUGUCGUGUCGUUCUGUACAGGAAGAGAUCAGCUAGACUCCCGAGUAUACAACGUGUGUGAUGGUAUAGCAGGAGCUCAGCCUAAGACUGCCCGUACACUGACUGCAACCAUCUUUGGAUCCUCGACCACAGCAUCUUCCACAAUGGAGAACCUACCACCAACCAUAGGCACUCCUACUGCUACAGAACAGAUUAGCACCAUUGUUAUGGCUACGCCUUCUUCUCCGACAUCAGCACCCAACUCCGCAAAUCCUGCGGCGUCCACCGCAUUUCCCUCCGACUCCAAUACAUCUUUCCGCCCCGGCUCGUCCUCCACCAUGUCAGCUAUCCCUUCUAGCACAGCUCUCAAUACUAGCAUGUCAGACCGGGCGUCCUCGAAACCUGUACUCAGUACUGCGCAAAUCACGGGCAUUGCAGUUGGUGGUGCCGCAACGGCAGUGGUUGUGUUCACUUUGCUCAUGCUCGUCUACUGUCUGCGCAAAAAGCGCCGUGAGCGACGUCGUAGCCAGAGACGGUCACGGUUGGUGGAGCCAACUCCUCCAAACUAUCAAAGUCCUCAGAAGAGAACAACUCCAACAUUUGGCGACAUGACAUCGUCCCUGACGGCCCCAACGACCAACCAACGUUUCUACGCGACGCAGCAAUCUAUGGAAGAAAAGCGGCGAAGCUUUUGGCGCAGGAGCAUCAGACCUGAAGAGAUAGGUGUGGCCAUUUCUCCCAAAAUGCCCGGAGAGGGGUCUCCGGUAAGCGCGACGUCACAACAGAGUAUGUCGCGGCUUUUACCAGCAGCGCCCAGCCGAGCUCUCUGGCCUGCUCCCCUUGACCUGGAAGCCACCAGAGAGCGGAAAGGAUAUAGCCGGAGGCCACUUAGUGAUGCCACCUUACUUGACGAAGAGGCAGAAACAAAGGCUAUGGAAUCCGGAUCGAUCAUGGUUGAUAAUCAGCCAUUCAUUCUCGAAAAGCCACCGGCAGCCAAGAGGCAGAGAAUGAUUCCGCCACCACUGAGACUGCCCAUUGUACCUGAAAACAGUACUAGAACUCCAACCCAGGCGGUACGGAUACCUCUUACGCCGACUUACGACAACGGAAACGUCAAUCUUAUCUCACCUCCGCGCGGGUUCUGGUCUCCGCCAUCGAGAGCUCCCAAUGCCGGGGAAGCCUCACAAGGCGGUGCACCGCAAAUUCCAAUAUCUGAGCGUAGAUUGGCCCCUUCUUCGACUUAUGCGAAUAGGAAUGUCGUGCGAAAGAAUCCUCCGGGCAGGCUACCUCUUCGUGCCGUCAACAGUCAAAUCUCAGCACCAAUGAGACAGCAACAGCUCGUGCCGCCGCCUGCAGCAAGAAUCGCGGUUCCUGCUCUUGAGAGACCGGGUUCCGCCAGUUCUGUCUACACCGAGAUCGAAGAAGACACUACACCAGAGGAAGUCAACAAGCAGCUGGGACUGAGAGCAAAUCCACCCACGCCAUCUAUCUUCACAGGUAAGCUAGUCGAGCUCUAUCCUAGCCAGGAGAGUCCAAUCAGAGACCUGAAAUACCCUUCGAUUCCUCGCUCGGCCGCUGUUUCGCGACAAGCGGAGAAGCCUGCACAACCACGAAGCCCGCCUAUUGUUCGCCUCCCUCUCGCUGGGUCAACGAGAGAUCAACUUGUACGUGCCGAGGCAAGCUUCAUGCAGACAGACACGACUUCAUCCGACGGUUACUUAUCCGAUGACACCAUCGAAUGGCCAGUGCCACCGUUAUCUCAAGCCGACUCCAGACGAGGCACAAUGCUAUCGCCAGGUAUCCUUAAAUCAAGUAUGGCCAAGGUCCGAACCAACGCCACAGACGGAAAGAGACGACCACUGUCUCAAAUGAUGAGUCCCUCCCUGAACGAGGUGUUGAGCCCCGAAGCCAAACCGACGAAGCUCACCGUCCCUCAAAGGUCCCCGUCAACCAAAGCGCGCCUCACGCCAAGCAAAUCAAAGACUGGAGACCUCUAUCUGACGGUUGAGAUUUAGCGGCACGCAAGCUUUGAAUUCCCAGUAUGAAAGAAGUUUCAAAUUCUGGGAGAAUGUAUUAGUAGCUUAGAUGUUAUCACGGUCAUACCCAUAUUCACGAAGAUUACCCUGUACAAUAUACAGCAGACAAGGCCCCCAGACUGGUUAAACAAGACCAGAGAGACAGGCAACAGGAGAAAAGUAUGAUGAGAUAGCCACGAAAUUCCAAUGCAAUGUG